UUGUUGAUCACCUCCGCAUCUUCCUCCGCAUUUUCCCCAGAUUCGCCACUAUUGCUAUCAAUUGUGUCUCUCCUGCAUUAUUUGUCAGAUUUCCUUCUAUCCGCACGGCAACGCUAAUUGCGGAGUGGCCCACCUCGGGAGGGGACUAUCCCCGGAAGUGCGGACUAGUUGUAUGUAGUCCUUACAUUUCCUGGCCUGGGCAGUCUAUAGGGCUUGUAGUCGACUAUCCCCGGAUUUACUGUGGCAUUCUCCGGCACAUCUUCUAUAAGCCUUGGCUCCAGAUGCGAUACAUAUAUAUUCUCCAUUGAUCCCCAGCUAAGGGACAACUGCAUCUCAGCUUCUCCUCUUCCAUCUCUUUGCAAGCUCUCGACAUCUGCAGCAAGCUUAAGGACAGGAGUCCGAUAGUUGGCUUUGGAACACCGCAAUUUCCAGUCUUCAUCAUGGGUUACACGACUUUAUGGACGAAGCUGUCAGCUUCACAGCUGAACAUCGCUAUCCAGGCUUUCUCCUUGAUCUCCAUCUUCUUCGAAGGCUAUGACCAGGGUGUUAUGGGCGGCGUUAACAGCUCGCCCCGCUACGUCCAGGAAGUAGGCAUUGGUGCCUCGGAUGGCCACAUCACCGACACCUUUCACGAAGGUGGCAUCGUCUCCAUCUACUACCUUGGCUGUAUCGUCGGCUGCUUUGCUGGUGGUUGGUUAGCUGACCGCAUUGGUCGCAUCAAUGGUCUUUGGAUCGGUGCAGUAUUCGCUCUCAUCGGCGGUGCUCUUCAAGCUGCUACGCAAUCCUCGAACUUCAUCCUCGCUGCUCGUGCUGUCACUGGUCUUGGAACUGGUGCUCUUACCGGUAUCACUCCAGUGCUUGUUUCUGAGACUUCUUCGGCUUCCCACCGUGGCGGUUUCCUUGGAUACGUCUUCAUCGCCAACUACUUAGGCAUCUCCGUCGCCUACUGGCUCUCAUUCGGCCUUUCUUUUAUCAACAACGGCUACUCCGACAUCCGCUGGCGAUUCCUUCUCGGUUUCCAAUGUAUCCCCGCCCUCAUCCUGCUUACGGGUGUAAAGACACUGCCGGACUCCCCGCGUUACCUUGCCUCCGUUGGACGCUUUGACGAUGCCCGUGAGGUCCUUACUCAUAUCCGCGGCGGCUAUACCCCUGAAAUUGAACACGAAUUCCUCGAGAUUGUUGCCGUGGCCAAAGAGAGCAAGCCUAGUUCACCCAUCGAGUUUGCUAAGAUCCUCAUUGGUAAGGGUAGCAAGCCCGGCGCUCACUUGGGUCGCCGUGCCUGGCUCUGCUUGUUCCUCCAAAUCAUGGCUUCUUGGACUGGUAUUACCGCCGUCACCGCAUACUCUCCCGUCCUUCUGCGGGCGGCCGGUUACUCCACCCUUACCCAGAACGGCUUGGCCGGAGGUCUAAACACCAUUGGCAUCGUCGGUACAAUCAUCUCUGCUCAUAUUGUCGACCGCUUCGGUCGCCGCAGCUGUCUGAUGGUGGGCUCUUUGGGACUCUUUGCCGUCAACCUGAUCGCCGGCUCCCUAUACGAGGCGUCCCGAUCCCAGCUUCAGAAUGCGGCUAAGUUCGCACCUGCCGCCGUCGCCAUGCUGUUCAUGUUUAACAUCAUCUACGCGUCGACCUGGGGUACCAUCGCGUUCCUGAUCCCGACAGAGAUCUGGAGCUCCGACAUGCGCGCGCAGGGCAACGGCUUCGGUAUCACGGGCUGGGCCAUCGGCGUCGGCAUGACCGUCCUCGUCAACCCGGUUAUGUUCGGCAAGCUCGAGAGCCGCACGUACUUUCUCUUCGCCAGCCUCAACCUGAUCUGGAUCCCCGUCGUGUACUUCUUCUACCCUGAGACGGCCGGCCGCUCCCUCGAGUCCAUCGAGGCCCUUUUCUCCACGAAUAGCCCCUUCAACCGGCACAUGGAGCAGGCGUACCGCCGCCAGGGCGAGCUGCUGGACAGGAGGUGCACCUCUGACGUCGAGAACUCGUCUGAUGUCGACAAAGAUAAGCCUGUUCAGAUCGAGUCUGUCUAAGUAGCCCUCUAUAUAUGCACGCAUAUGGAUAGGGACAUGUACGUUGCGAUCCAUGGUCACCUUCCCAAGGGUUUUGAGGCGGGCAGCUGGAUCUGUUUGCUGUUUUGUUCGAAGAGGUGUAUCAUGCAUAUCAUUGCCGGGGCUUGUCUUUAUACUAAUUUUCUUUCAUUUACCUCCGCUUCGUUCUUUGCGUUUCGUUACCUGAUAUCCUAUUUAGUUGACAGGCAGAUAAGAUGAAUAGAUAUUUCACACCACGGGUUAUGUAUCCUUAGACCUGAUAGCUG